AUGAAAUAUUCUUUUAUUUAUUUAUUAUUUUUAUUCUAUUUAGGUAUAAGUGUAGUUUAUGGAUUCGAUAUUUAUCUUUCACCUAAUGGAACAGAUAUAGAUGGAUGUGGAAGUUCGACAGGAAGUGCUUGUUUUAGUUUACAGGGAGCAAAACAAUAUCUAGUAGAUAAUAAAAUAGUGAUUUAUAAUGUGUUGAUGGCUCCUGGUUAUUAUGAUUACAGGUUUAUUCCAAUUUUGGAAUUGAAUAAUAUCUAUCUAUUGGUUGUCAGUGGUGAGGCUGGAAGAGCGAAUGAAACUAUUAUUACCAUGUCAGACUCGGGGGAGUUCAUUUCAUUGUUCAAAAGCCUUUUAAGAUUAAAUCAACUGACAAUAGCACAUUCUACCAUCGGAAAGGUGCCUUACAAUAGAAUAGUCUUGUUUCCGUCAAGCUUUGGCUUUGAUUCUAUUCUUCUUACAAUUCGACCAACUAUUUCAGAUUUCUAUCUUCAAAAUUCAACAUUAAUAGUAGAUAAUGUAACAUUCUUUAAUAAUACUAGAAAAUUAUUAAUUUUGGCAGAAGGGAGUUUAUUUGUAUUUAGAAAUUCGACUAUUCAGAAAAAUAUUUAUGAUGUUCUAUUCGAGUUCACUGAAUCAUCAGUUUUAUUUACUGGACCAAGAAUUAUUAGUAAUAGUCUUACUUUAGCUAUCAUGAGUGCAAAUGACACCUAUAUUACUCUGAAUCGAGCAUUAUUCAUUUAUAAUUAUUCAAUUUAUGGAAUUAUUUUUUAUGAAACCUAUUUUUAUUUAAACUCCAGCAGAAUUCAAAAUAAUGUCUCAAGAAUAGGUAUUUUGAUUUCGAUAAACUCAAAGAUAAUACUUCAGAAUUGUAUAAUACAAGAAAAUAUAUCCAGUACAUCUUCAGGCAUUAUAUAUAUUUCAGAGACAAGCUCAGGAUAUAUAAGUACUUGUAUUAUAAAUGGGAAUUUUGGUCCUUCAGUAUCUGAUAUUGGUACUGCAUCAACUUCGUAUGAAAUAAUGUUAACAAUAUUUUCCAACUCUUCUGUGAAUCAACAUUCAAUUUCAAUGUAUGACUCUGGAUCUUUAACAAUUCAAGAUUGUGCAUUUUUCAAUAUCAACGGAACAAUAAUUAGAUCUGAUUCUAGAGUUAGUGUAGUAGUUAUGUACACCUUGUUUCACGAUAUUGACGGAGUAGCUUUCGAUAUUGAUGGUGGUGGAUUUUUAUUGAUGAUUUCAAAUUUCAUUAGGGACUGUACCAGUAGAGAUGCACUCUUUAGAUUUACGGAUAGGGCAUACUUUCUGGCUGCAGGUCUUAUUGUAAUAUCAACAAAAUCAUCUAAAUUGAUAUCAGCUUCGAUGGAAUCGAAAGUGUAUCUUUAUAUUUGCUAUUUUGAAAACAAUGAAGUCGAUAAUGGUCUUAUUUAUGGCAAAGAGCUUUAUCAAAUCUAUUUAAGCUCCAGCAUUUUUCAACACAAUACAGGAACUACUUUGGAAGGUUUAAUAUCAUUGGAUCAAACAGGUGUUUUUGUGGCAGAGGUUACAAGAGCAACGAAUAACUAUGCACCGUAUGGUACAUUUAUUACCUAUCGAGAAUUGGACGAUGGUGGACAAAAUAGAACGUGUAUAAGUGAGAUCGACUCAUCAACAUUCAUAGAUAAUCGAGCUUGGAUUUCAGGUGCAACCGUUUAUUAUAUGACACCCGAUAUAAUUUGCAAAGUAAUAUUUAACAACUCUCAUUUCAUCAAUAGUACUUCUACCUUUGGUGGCAAUAUAAAUAGUUACUACAAUAACUUCUCGGUGAUAUUGCCGCGUAUCUUGGACACACCAGAGGUGAUCCAAGUCAGUAUUGCGGCAUUCGAUGCGUUUGGAAACGACUAUAGAGGUUCCAACGAAAUUUCAUUCUACGUUCAGGAGAGAUGUGACAAUGUCAACAUAAGUGGAAUCCAACAGGUCUCUUUGACGCCAACGGGUAAAUCGAUUAUGUAUAACAUUGAAAUUAGUGGAUUUCCCGGUACCUCUUGUGACCUGAUAUUUACAUCGAUUCCGCCGGCACGUACUGGCCCUCUGGCCUACAACAUCAUCAUCAUACCAUGCAAGAAGGACUAUAAACCGUAUGCCUACCAAGGAAAAUACUAUUGUUUGAAACAAAGAGAUAUUUCACACACCUCGAUUGUUGCAUUUUCAGUUUUAACUGCUGUUCUAAUGGCUAUCACCUUGGUGUUUGGAAUAAUGAUACUCGUAUAUUGGAAGAAUAUUAUGAUUCAACAUUCGAAUCCCUACUUCCUCCUCACAGUUAUCGUUGGAUUACUUUUUAUAGCUGCUUCAAACUUCUUACUCUUUGGAACAAGUACAUUCUCUUGCAUAGGAAAAUUGGUGGCUGUUCCAAUCGGUGUCAUCCUAUGUGUAAAUCCUGUAAUCAUCAAAGAAUGGAGAAUAUGGAAAACAAGAAAAGAUAGUUAUUUCGAACAGAAAUCAAAUUUGGAAACAUUCUUUUUAUUUAAAUGGCUAAUUAUUCUCUCUAUUAUACCAAUUAUUCUACUUAUUGUUAAUGUUGCAGUUUCUAAUUCGAAACCAAUGUAUGUCUAUGAUAUCGAUAAGAGAGAGGUCAGUCAUGUUUGCUCUAAUCCUGAAGGCUGGGUCUAUAUUGUAAUAACUUUGGUAUACUUGAUGAUAUUACUGAUGAUUUGUUGUGCAUAUGUUUACAUGGGAAGGAGAUAUCUAUCAUCACCAGGAUCAUUUAAUGAACCAACUUAUAUUGGUAUAUUAAUCUACAACUAUAUUAUAUUAAUCAUUGUAUUCAUUUCAUUGAGAUUCUCAUUCCCAAAUAAUUACAAUGCACAAUAUAUCACCACUGCAAGUGUAGAUUCUGCAUUCAUACUAUGUACUCUUCUCCUAUUGUUUUGUCCCAAAUUCUAUUUAACGAAAUUCAUUGAAUAUCAAAAGAAAGAAUUAGUAAGAAACAAAGAUAUCUUGCAGUUCUACCAGAUGUAUUGUAAUGAUCAAGGUCAAUUGAACUUGGCCAAUCACGAUAUAUUCACACCCGAUACACCGGCACAACCGACGAUCAUUCCAGACUCCACUUUAUUUACAUCGUCAUCUGUAGACAGUACUUCACCGCCAUCACCAUCGUCAUCAUCUUCAUCUUUAACAACUAAAAACAAAAAAUCGAAAUCCAAAACUACAAACAACAAUAUCUAUAAUAAUAAUAUUUCUCAUUCUAUACCAGAUCCAAACAAUUUAAAUUUACCUCCUAUUAUUAGUGAUGCCAAUGAUAACAAUGUAAUUAAUAAUGAUAACAAUGUAAUUAAUAAUAAUUACAAAGCUAAAUCAACAUCUGAACCAUCAUCACCAUUUUCAUCAUCUUCAUCAUUAGAUGAGAUAUUCGAGUCUCAAAAUAAUAACAUCGUCAAUCAUUCUAAAAAAAGAAAGAAAAGAAAAAAAUAA